AUGUGUCCACAGCGAGCAACAAGCUGUUACUUUCAUGGUAGUUUGAUUUCUAGCAAUCGGCAAAAUAAUACAAAAUCCCACUGUCUUCACACAGGUGUGCUGCUGUAUGGACCCCCAGGAUGUGGUAAAACACUCAUCGCCAAGGCAACAGCAAAAGAGGCGGGCUUUGCUUUCAUCAACUUGAAGCCGAGCACGCUGACAGAUAAAUGGUACGGAGAGUCCCAGAAACUGACUGCUGCUGUGUUCUCACUGGCCUCCAAACUGGGCCCAACAAUCAUCUUCAUCGACGAGAUAGAUUCCUUUCUGAGGAGUCGAUCCAGCAGAGAUCAUGAAGUCACAGCUAUGAUGAAGGCUCAGUUUAUGAGUUUGUGGGAUGGACUCGAAACAGACCACCAGUGCCAGGUGAUCAUUAUGGGAGCCACCAAUCGUCCUGAGGACAUAGACCCUGCCAUCUUGAGGAGGAUGCCCACCAAGAUCCACAUCAAGCUGCCUAACAUUGAGCAGCGCAAGCAGAUACUCAGACUGAUCCUGGAGAAUGAGACGGUGGAUCCACUGAUUAACCUCAGCCACA